GUUCGAGAUGAAAGAACAAAUACAUAUUUUCGUUUGUGUGCUGCAAAAGUAAUCCAAGCUUUGGUUUCCCGCAUCUUUAUUGUUUAGGAACGACGAUAUUGUAGUAUAAUAAGGAGUGAUGAUAAAAAAUAUACCUAAUUUAGUGGAUCAAUCUAAGAAAAUGUUUAAAGAGACAUUGUCAACGUCACGUAAUGCUAAAAAUUAUCCGCAAUUCCUUGUAAUCGAAGACCACAAGGCUCUACUUGGGUCUCUUGAAAUGAGCAGUAUUAGCUGGUCCGGUUCUCUCAGGUACUUCAAUGGCACUUCAAAUUUUAAUAAGGAAAAUGCUGCUUUACUAAAAGAAACGUAUGACUGUUGUGGAGAUGCAGCUUUUUUGGCACGAGAUACAUUCGUCGUCGUAGGGGACAAAGGUGCUGUAGAGAUUUUUCAAAUAAUUCCAGAUGAUCAAGAAAUACUAGAGCUUCAGUCUUUGAAUUAUGCUCGUUAUCACGAUGACAGUGUUUACGCAGUAUCUGUACUUUAUGGUAGAAAAAACAUAGUUACAGGUGGAUUAGACUGUUGUAUCAAAGUCUGGGAUGUAGAAAAUUUAGUUGCAACACAUUCGUAUAGUUUUGCACAUACAGACUGUAUCACUGGGACGGAUGUAAAGCCCAUGUGUGAUUCUACAUUUGCAUCUACUUCCUUAGAUGGUGAUUUAUCAUUCUGGGAUAUUAGGCAAUCUAAACCAGUAUAUUGUACCAUCAAUAGAAAACAGAAGUAUUAUUCGAUAUCUUGGAACACUGCUAUGGCCCAGUUUGUUGCCAUAGGUGGAGAUUGUGGUAUGAUUGAAUUAAUCGACGUCAGACAACCAGAUGAGCCAUUAUUUAACUCUUGUUUGGACACUGGCAGCGUCUGGAAGGUAUUAUUCAAUCCAGAUCGAACGAGAAAAAAUCAGUUAGCCUGUUGCUUCGAUAGCACGUUUGUGAGAGUGUUAGAUAUUUCUAAAGAAAUGCGGGUGGUAAUGGAGGAUAAUAAGCACACCGACUAUGUACGAGGACUAGCAUGGUGUGAAGGUGACUUAUUCUCGUGUGCUUGGGACGACAACGUGAUUAAACGUACAAUACCGCUUAGCGACAGUAACGAUAGUAAUGACAAUAUCGAUAAUAACGCGGGUCGAUAAUAACAAAUUAAUGUGAUACAUUUAGUCAGAAAUGACUGUUUAAUGAAAUUAUUAAAUUCCCCUUUUAAUGAAUUAAAAAUAAUUAUACAACGAUAAAUUUGUCAAAGAAAUUGUACACUCAAUUUCAAAAUAUAUUUGUAUAUUCGAUGGUCAUUUUUUAUAGCAUACAUUUAAGAUUUUGAAUCACAUUUCUUCCAUCAAAUUAUUUGAGAAUCUAUCGUUUUUCUAGUUUAGUGCUGACCGUAUUUAUCGUGAUUAUUUGUAUUUUAUUAUUAUUACGGAAGACUACUAAAAAUGUACGGCGUC